AUGAAGUCCUGCAAACCCGGCGGCCCGCCGGCGGGAGCGCGCGUUGCUCCCCCGUGCGCGGCCGGCGCCGAGUGCGCGGGCACGUGCUCCGGGGCCGGGCGGCUGGAGAGCGCGGCGCGCAGGCGCCUGGCGGCCAACGCGCGCGAGCGCCGCCGCAUGCAGGGGCUCAACACGGCCUUCGACCGCUUACGGAGGGUGGUUCCCCAGUGGGGCCAGGAUAAAAAGCUAUCCAAGUACGAGACCCUGCAAAUGGCGCUGAGUUACAUCAUGGCUCUGACCCGGAUCCUGGCCGAGGCCGAGCGAUUCGGCUCGGAGCGGGACUGGGUGGGUCUCCACUGUGAGCACUUCGGCCACGACCACUACCUCCAGUUCCCGGGCGCGAAGCUGCCUGGCGAGAGCGAGCUGUACAGCCAGAGACUCUUCGGCUUCCAGCCCGAGCCCUUCCAGAUGGCCACCUAGGGCGCGCGCCUCCGCGGCGGUGGAUGC